CUGACCUAUACCCAUGUGAGGCACCAAUAACACUGGGUGGUAUAUUCUGUCAGCUCCCCCUCAGCCUACCCAGCCCUCUGCUUAGCUUGGCUCUUUCCUUCCCCUGCGUUGCUUUCCUUUACCCCACCGUCCCAAUGCUGCCAUACUGGCAGGUCCAAAUUCUGCAACACCUGUAAAUCUUUCAAUUUAUGCUUGAUUUUCCAUCAAUUUUAUUUUUUUCUUGAAGAAAUUUCACCUGUGGAUUACACGAGUAAGGAAAAAAGACUGUGAUCACCGAGUGGAAAUGGAAUAAUUUAAUAACUUGGACACUUUUUACAGAUAAGUGGAUGCUGAUUGGAUUCCUACUGAAGCUGUGAUAUUUCCAUUCACCUCUACAUGAGGAGGCUUUGCCCCCAACUCAAAGAUUAUAGCUAAAGUUGUCUCCAUAUCACCAUGGCUGAAGGAGCCAAAUCCGCCUCUUCCUCCGCAGCCAGUGGAGCCAAUAGAGCAGCUGCACCACAGACAAGCUCCCUUAAGGCCACCAAAGGUCUGGGGCUCCUCAGGAAGCUGAAAAUGUCUGCGGAGCUGCUGAUUGCCCUGGCUGCUCUCCUGUCCUGGGUGGUGGUGGGAGUGGUGAUGUUUGACUUUGUGGAGUACAAGGCAGUCCCUGACAUUCAGCAAAUAGUUUCAGACCCCGUGCAAGCUGUAAACGAUGCUGUUGAUGAAGUAUCCAGUCUGUUCAAUAAGUUUCAAGAAUGUGCUCCUGAUUUAAGUGACCCCAUGUCCGCUGCCACUUAUGCAGCUGAGGAAAUAGCGGAAGCAAAAGAUGGAUUUGUUCGCUAUUUUUCAGAUGACGAAGGGAACUUCUACCUCAGCUAUGUUGACCCUGUGGUCAUCGGGAGACAAGCUUUCCAUUCAACCAAUGAUUUCAUGUGUGGAUGUGCGGGCACCUUCAGGGACACACUGUGUGCUAUUGUGGACACUGUAUCUGACAUAUUAUUGGAUAUAAAUAAAGGAAAAAUUGACCUUAGCUACACUGACCCUGUGGUUAUAGGCAGAGGUGUCUUCAGUGUUACUAAUGACUUUGUGUGUGGAGUGGGGGGCUACAUCCAGGAUGUGCUCUGUGCCAUUUUGGACACAAUUCUGGAUGUAGCGAAAGGAACCAUGGAUAUAAGCUUUAUGGACCCUGUGGUAGUUGGCAGAAACGUCUUCAGUGCUACUGAUGACACCGUGAGUGGAAUAGUGGGCUACAUCCAGGAUGUGCUCUGUGCCAUUGUAGACAGUAUACUGGAUAUAACAAAAGGAACCACUGACAUUAGCUUCAUUGACCCUGUGGUUGUUGGCAGAAAUGUCUUCAGUGUCACUAACGACUUUCUGGGUCGAAUAAUAGGAUACAUCCAGGAUGUGCUCUGUGCCAUCUUUGAUGUAAUACUGGACACAGUAGACGACAUCCAGCAUGCUAUGGGAUUCAGCCCCAUGUCAGCUCUGAAGCGAACAGCAGAAAUCAUCACAGAACAGAUAAACAUGCUCUGGAGCUACAUCUCCACAACGCUGAUUGGUGAACAAGGGAUCAUGCCUGAAGUGUCUAUUGAACCCAUGAAAGUCAUUGAAGAUGCCGUGUUGGAGUUCACAGACAAGAAAGAUUUGUUCGUGGCUUACAUGUCGAGCAUGCUUGUUGGUGAUCAAGGUGAACCUGUUGCCACACCUGUUGUAAAUGUCGUUUCUGAAAAAGAUGAAACUGUGGCUCCCCCAUCCCCAUCUGAUAUACAUUUGGUACGAAGGAAAGGUGAAUUCCUGCCACCUUUUGAAAAAGUUUGGAGGGUCACAUUGGUUGAUGAUACAGUUACAGAGAUUAUGAAAGCUGCCAAAGAUGACGCUGCUGCUGCAGAGUUAAGUGAAGCCCCAGACUCAAAGAUCGAGGAGGAGGCUGAAGUUCCCACUGAAGCUGCCAGUGAAGCAGAUGGGAAAGAGGCAGAUGAUGUGAAACAUGUCGGCCUUGAAGAGACUGAACAUGAACCAUCACUGGAAGAAGGAAAAGAGGUUGAUAUUUUGGAGGAGGAUGCUGCACAUGACGAGGAGGAAGAAGAGGAGAAAGGUGUUGGUACAGAAGAAGAGGGCAAUAUUAAAACAGAGAUUGAAGAAGAAGAAGCACAGGAGCCACAAACUGGAGAAGAGGUGGUAGAAGCUGAGGGGGAGGAAGAGAAGACCAAAGCUGAAGACGUUUUGGUACAAAGGGAGAAGGAGGAGGAAACAAAAACAGAACAAGAUGCAGAAAAAGAUGAGGAGGGGGAAGAGGAGACCAAAACGAAAGAUUUGGUAGAGGAUGAGGAGGAGGAGGAUGAGGAGGAGACCAAGGCUGAAGAAGUUUUGGUAGAAGGGGAGGAGGAGGAAGAUGAGGAGGAAACAAAAAAAGAAGAUGCAGUAGAGGAAGAGGAGAAGACCAAAACCAAAGAUAUUGUAGAAGACGAGAAGGAGGAGACAAAAACUAAGGUCGAUUUGGUAGAAGAUGGGGAGGAAGAGGAGGAGGAAGAGGAGGAGGAGGCGGAGGAGACCAAAGCUGAAGAAGAUGCAGUAGAAGAUAAGAGGGGUGAGGAGACAAAAACACAACUUGUGGUAGAAGAUGAGGAAGAGGAAAAGGAAGAAGAGGAGGUGGAGGUGGAGACCAAAACUGAAGACCAUUUGUUGAAAGCUAAGGAAGAGGAAGAGGAGGAGACAAAAACUGACGUUCUGGUAGAAGAUGAGGAGGAGAAAAAGAAGGAGGAGGGGACAAAAACGGAGGAAGAGGCUGAUGAGGAGGGGAUUAAAGAUGAAGAUCUUCAAGUUGGUGAAGAAAUAGACGAAGAAAGCAUUGAAAUAGGCCUACCUGACACCGAUGUCAAAGAUCAGUUUGUAAAAACUGACCAAGACAAUCAAGCUUUAGAUCUGGACGAUGAUGAGGCUUUGGAAGAGGAGGAAGAAGGAGAAAAACUGGACAAAGUGGAGAUGGUGGAGGUAGAUGAUGAAGACAAAGAGCCAUCUGUCCAACAACUUGAUCUGAAAAUUCUGUUAGCUGAAGAAGAAACAACUGUUCACGACCAAGACGAAUACUCUGACAUCAUCGACGAUCAUCGUGAUGAAAACAACAACAACAGUGAAAGUGGGAAAACUGAACUGAAACGAAAGAGGAAGGUUCAUAUUCCCUUUGAGAGGCUCAGAAGACUCGGAUCCAGAGCUGCUCACAAACACCUUCACAAACAUGAGAAAGUUCUCAAAGAGGCAAAGGAAAGACAUGCAAUGAAAGAAGUUAAAGAUGCCAUUAUUAAAGACCUCAUAGCCGCAGAAACUGAAAAGGAGAAAAGAGACAAGGAGCCCAAAAUUGAGGAAACCAUAGAGAUAAAACUAAAAGAAGAAAAGCUAAAAGAGGACAAACCCCUUGAAAAGAAACAACUGAAGCCCAAAGAAAAAGAGCCUAAGGAGAAGGAAGAAUCUAAGAAACCAUCCACAGAAGAGGCAGAAGUAAAGAAGCCUUCUAAUGAGAAGGAAGAAACAGCAAAACCUAAAAAGAAGAGACAAGUGACAAAACACUCUGAAGAAAAAACAGAACUGAAGAAACCACCCAAAGAACAGAAAGAAGUCAAGAAACCGCCUAAAGAAGAGAAAGAAGUCGAGAAACCAUCUAAAGAAGGGAAAGAAGACAAGAAAAAAUCUAGCGGAGUGAAAGAAGUCAAGAAGCCAUCUAAAGAAGAGAAAGAAGACAAGAAACCAUCUAGAGAAGAGAGAGAAGACAAGAAACCUCUCAAAGAAGACAAGAAACCUCUCAAAGAAGAGAAAGAAGUCAAGAAACCUCUCAAAGAAGAGAAAGAAGACAAGAAACCAUCUAGAGAAGAGAGAGAACACAAGAAGCCUCUCAAAGAAGACAAGAAACCUCUCAUAGAAGAGAAAGAAGUCAAGAAACCAUCUAAAGAAGAGAAAGAAGACAAGAAACCUCUCAAAGAAGAGAAAGAAGUCAAGAAACCAUCUAAAGAAGAGAAAGAAGACAAGAUACCUCUCAAAGAAGAGAAAGAAGACAAGAAACCAUCUAAAAAAGAGAAAGAAGUCAAGAAACCCCUCAAAGAAGAGAAGGAAGACAAGAAACCAUCUAAAAAAGAGAAAGAAGUCAAGAAACCAUCUAAAGAUGAGAAAGAAGACAAGCAACCAUCUAAAGAAGAGAAAGAAGUCAAGAAACCUCUGAAAGAAGAGAAAGAAGACAAGAAACCAUCUAAAGAAGAGAAAGAAGACAAGAAACCAUCUAAAAAAGAGAAAGAAGACAAGAAACCAUCUAAAGAAGAGAAAGAAGUCAAGAAACCUCUGAAAGGAGAGAAAGAAGACAAGAAACCAUCUAAAGAAGAGAAAGAAGACAAGAAACCAUCUAAAAACAAGAAACCAUCUAAAAAAGAGAAAGAAGACAAGAAACCGUCUAGAGAAGAGAAAGAAGUCAAGAAACCAUCUAAAAAAGAGAAAGAAGACAAGAAACCAUCUAGAGAAGAGAAAGAAGACAAGAAACAUCUCAAAGAAGAGAAAGAUAAGAAACCUCUCAAAGAAGAGAAAGAAGACAAGAAACCAUCUAGAGAAGAGAAAGACGUCAAGAAACCUCUCAAAGAAGAGAAAGAAGUCAAGAAACCAUCUAGAGAAGAGAAAGAAGUCAAGAAACCUCUCAAAGAAGAGAAAGAAAUCAAGAAACCAUCUAAAGAAGAGAAAGAAGACAAGAAACCAUCUAGAGAAGGAAAAGAAGACAAGAAACCUCUCAAAGAAGGGAAAGAAGACAAGAAACCAUCUAGAGAAGAGAAGGAAGACAAGAAACCAUCUAAAGAAGAGAAAGAAGACAAGAAACCUCUCAAAGAAGAGAAAGAAGUCAAGAAACCUCUCAAAGAAGAGAAAGAAGACAAGAAACCAUCUAAAGAGGAGAAAGAAGACAAGAAACCUCUCAAAGAAGAGAAAGAAAUCAAGAAACCAUCUAGAGAAGAGAAAGAAGUCAAGAAACCUCUGAAAGAAGAGAAAGAAGACAAGAAACCAUCUAGAGAAGAGAAAGAAGACAAGAAACCAUCUAAAGAAGAGAAAGAAGACAAGAAACCUCUCAAAGAAGAGAAAGAAGUCAAGAAACCUCUCAAAGAAGAGAAAGAAAUCAAGAAACCAUCUAGAGAAGAGAAAGAAGACGAGAAACCAUCUAGAGAAGAGAAAGAAGACAAGAAACCAUCUAGAGAAGGAAAAGAAGACAAGAAACCUCUCAAAGAAGGGAAAGAAGACAAGAAACCAUCUAGAGAAGAGAAGGAAGACAAGAAACCUCUCAAAGAAGAGAAAGAAGUCAAGAAACCUCUCAAAGAAGAGAAAGAAGACAAGAAACUAUCUAGAGAAGAGAAAGAAGACAAGAAACCUCUCAAAGAAGAGAAAGAAGACAAGAAACCUCUCAAAGAAGAGAAAGAAGACAAGAAACCUCUCAAAGAAGAGAAAGAAGUCAAGAAACCAUCUAGAGAAGAGAAAGAAAAAGAAGUCAAGAAACCAUCUAGAGAAGAGAAAGAAGUCAAGAAACCUCUCAAAGAAGAGAAAGAAGAAAAAGAAGAGAAGUUGAUCAAAGAGGAGAAGAAAGCACCCAAAGAAGGGGUAGAUUUGACACCAUCUAAGGAAGAGAAAAAACUGAAAAAGCCUCAAGAGGAGAAAGCAGAAAAAGAGAUGAGGCCUACCGAACUGAAGGAAGUAAAGACGUCGUUUAUGGAAAGGAAAGAAAUGACGAAACCCUCUAAGGACGCAAAGCAAGAAAGGGAGACACAAAAGGAGGAGAAAGAACUUCAGAAAACUACAAAAGAAAAGGAGGAAAAAGAGGUUAAGAAGCCUUCUGAUGAGAAGAAAGAUGGAAAGCCUUCAAAGAAAGGGAUAGAAGACAAGAGGCCUUCAAAGGAAGAGAAAGAAGAGAAAAGGCCUUCCGUGAAGGAAAAAGAAGUUAGGAAGCCCUGUAAAGAAGAGACAGAAACUAAGAAGGCCCCUGUCCAGGAACAGGAAGUCAAAAAGCCUAUAAAGAAGCCGUCUGUGGAGGAAAAACCUCACAGAAAAGACAAAGAACCAACAAAAGAAGAGAAAGAACCAACAAAGCCUAAAGAGGCCGAAGAAGUUAAAAAGCCUCACGAAGAAGAGAAAGCCAUAACAAAGCCGACAAAAGAAGAACCAGAGAAGAUCUCCAAAGAGAAGAAACAACCAGCUAAGUCUUCCAAAGAGGUGGAAGAAAAGGAAAAGCAAGGAAGACCUUCCAAAGAAAGGGCCGUACCAAAGAAGCCCUCAAAAGAAAAACAAGAGCCAGAGAAACCUUCUAAAGAUGAAAAAGUACUGACACAACUGUCUAGAAAGGAAGAAAAAGAAGUUUUAGAGAAACCUUCCAAAGACAAGACAGUGGUCAAGAUGAUUCCAAAGAAAGACAGGGAACCAACGAUUUCUAAGGAAGAAACAAUACAAACAAUGCCUUCUAAGGACAAGGAACCUGUCAAGAAGAGAGAUACUAAGACAGACACUGGACCCCAAAAGCCUGUAACGAGGAUUAAAGUAGUCAAGAAGGGGGUUGCCUCUGUCUUAAAGGAACAUCUUAAUGUAACAAAAGCAGAGGUUCCUGAAGUCCCUAAAGCCAAACCAAAAGCCGCAAAGAAAGUGGCAGCUCCAAAGGAGCCCAAGAAGGAACUAAAGGAGCAACUCAAAGCUAAACCUGUAAAACCAGCUGAUGAACCCAAGAAGACAGUAAAGGUGGAGAAAGCUGUGAAAAAGCAGAUAGUUCCUGUCCUGAAACAGGGACACUUGAACAUUACAAAAACAGAAGCUGAGCUUCUCAAGGGUAAGAAGGCCGAGCCAGCACCUGUUAUUAAAGUAAAACCUAGAGCUGCUGUAAAGAAGAAAGAGGUUCCUGAAGUCCCUAAAGCCAAACCAGAAGCUGCAAAGAAAGUGGCAGCUCCAAAGGAGCCCAAGAAGGAACUAAAGGAGCAACUCAAAGCUAAACCUGUAAAACCAGACGCUGGACCCAAAAAGGCUGUAAGGAGGAUUAAAGUAGUCAAGAAGGAGGUUGCGCCUGUUCUGAAGGAACAUCUUAAUGUGACAAAAGCAGCUGAUGAACCCAAGAAAGCAGUAAAGGUGGAGAAAGCUGCGAAAAAGCAGAUAGUUCCUCUCCUGAAAAAGGAGCACAUGAAUGUUAUAAAAACAGAAGUUCCUGAAGUUUCUAAGGUGAAAGCCAAAACAGAACAUGCAAAGAAAGUGGCAGUUCAGAAGGAGCCCAAGAAGGAACAAAAGGAAAAGAUCGAAGCUAAAUCCACCAAACCAGAAGUUCCAAAGGAAAAGACCAAAGUGGCUCCUGCUAAGAAAGAAGCUGUUGUUCCAAAAGAAAAGGGCAAACCAGUCAUCUUGAAAAAAGAACAAGAGGACACUCCCAAAAAUGUCUCUCUGGUUAAACAGCGAGUCAAAAUAGUGCCUAUGAAAAAAGAAGUCAAGGCACCCAAAGACAAAGUAAAGGCGGUCUCUGCAAAGACAGCAUCUGAGGAUUCAAAACAGAAGCUUAAACUACCUCUAACAAAGAGAGAACCUGCUCCACUCAAGACAAAACCAGCCCCUUUUGUCAAAGAAGCAGAAGUACCACAAAAAAAUGUUUCAAUAACAAAGGAGAAGGUGAAGGUUGUGCCACUGAAGAAAGGAGCUGAGGUUCUCAAGGAAAAGAAGGCCAAGCCAGUCACUUCCUCAAAAGCACCUGUUAUCAAAGCAAAACCUAGAUCUGCUGAAAAGAAGAAAGAAGCUGUUGUGAAAGAAAAGGCAAAAGUCUCAAAGAAAGAACCUGAGGCCAAGCCGGUUCUUGCCAAAAAAGCACCUGAGGUUGCAAAGGAGAAGCCUAAGCCAGCUCAUGAGACGAAAGCUCCUUCUAAAACAGAAGCUGAAACAAAGAAGGAAAAGGUCAAAUCCCUUCUAAAGACAAAAGAGCCCAAAGUGCCAGAGGACAAAGUCAAACCAGCUCGUGAAAAAGCAUUGUUGAGGAAAAAGGCCAAACCAGUUCAUGUAAAGAAAGAAAUGGAGACUCCUAAAGAAAAGGACAAACUUGCUGCAGUGAAAAAAGUUGAGAAGAAGGCAGCCAAAGAAGAGAAAGCUAGAGAGGACAGAAUUCUUAAAGAGAUACAGGAGCCAGCAAAGAAAGGAAAACCUGCUGAGAAGAAAGUUGCCAAGGAGAAGAAAAUAAAAGCAGAGCCUUCUGUAUCAGACAGCUUUCAAAUGGAAGAAGAGCUGCCCUACUUCCAAUGUUUCUUUGUGGACGAGGAUGAGGCCCAGUUUCCUUUCUACGCCUUCUCACCGCUACAAAUUUGAAGCUUCAGUCUGAAUCCAGUCUGAGGUUUACAAUUGAGUCAAUUUUACUGAUAAUGACACGGUCACGUCACGCCCUGCACUGCUGAAACGCAGCAUGCUGUCCACUGAUGGUCUUCAAGAGAAAACCCUGGACAGCAGAAGAUGAGGGGUGAUUUUAUGUGAUGGACCGACUUUAUUUUACUUCCAGAUUUGGUUGAGCUCUCAUACCAAAUACAUGCAGCUUGUGUCAUUCCUUUCCAUUUUUUUUAUUAUUAUUUUAUUGUUUUGAAAGGUGGAUAUAAUCAAAAUGAUGGAACAAUAUUGUAUAUUACCUCUGUGGAUCAUUCAUUUGGAUCCUCACAGCAACACAUUUUUUAAGAAGGAACAUAAUGUUGUAAACGGACUACAAACAUGGCCACAAUUGCUGAUUCAAGGCGGACAAGGGUUCAAUUCUCACAUUUACUUGAAAAAUGGUUUGUACAGUAAUCGUACUUACAUUUUUAUGCACCGUCAUCUGUGUAAUUUUAACUUUUCCUUCAUUGCAUUGUAGUUGGCAAUUUUUCUAAUGCUGAACUUCCUGCUAUUAAAAGCCCUUGAACGAACAAUUGAGCAUUUAUAGUGUUUGUGCAUAAUUCCAUUAUUCUUGCUAUUGUUUCAGUCAUUUUAAGGAAACCUUGUUCCUCACAAAUAUUCCUCUAUCUAAAGAAAGGAACGUUUUUUUUUCUGUUUCUGUAUACUAUGUCUGUUAUGUGUAAAAAGGAAUGACCACGCACUGUAUAUGAGAGCUCCCAAACGAACAGAACAGAAACACUACCUUUAAAGUCUUAUUAAAUGGCUGACAUGUGCACCAGCUCCUCAUUUUGACAUUGGUGCUAAAAAAAAAAGCAUUGCCUGUACUGUCAGAAUGAGGUUUGAGUUCAUAUUUACUUUUUUUACCAUCAAGUAUUAGAUUUAUUCUAUAACUGGACGACAUGUUGGAAAAGUUCUUUUUCCAGCUGUAACUCUGUUCUGAUUCUUUUACUUAAGGCAUUUGAAUAUGAUGCUACUUGUUUUAGUCAAUGAGAGGGCGAGUAUAAGUCUUUUCUUGCACUGUUAUCAAAGAUGUUUUACAAGCUGGAACAUUAAAAGUAGGGCACAUGUGAUGGAUUUCUUUUGUCAAUCAAAAGGGAUGUGGCUAACAGCGAUUUCUUGAUAGACCAAAAACACGUCACUAACUUUGGUCAGUGGCUGUUUGUCUGUGUGCAUAAUGUAGAAACAUGAUAUAUUUUAGCAACCUUUUGAACAGGUUCUUAACAUAUAUACCAUGAUAUCAAUGCAUCACCUCUUUUAUUUUAUUACAUCUUAUUAACUGUAUAUACAAAAAGUUACCGGAUUCAUACAGAUUAUGAAUAUCCUGUGCAUGUGAUGUACAGUGUGGGUUACAUGAUUUCAGAUUGAUUUUUAAGUCACGUAUUUGAAAUCUCUGAAGAAUGAUAGAAGAUAAUGACAAGUGAGCUGCACGAAUCAGCUUGUCUAAUUUGACAACCUGAAUGUGGGUGUUAACAUGAUCAUGUCGAAGUUAUUU